CGGGGUCCCGGCGUCAGCAGACCAGUGUUCGCAUUAUGGCAGAUGCGGCGUUUGAAGACCUCGAGCUGCGAGAGGCUCAGAGGGAAUACCUGGAUUUCCUCGAUGAUGAUCAAGACCAAGGUGUCUACCAUGGGAAAGUGAGGGAUAUGAUCAGCGCCAAUGAACACCGCUUGAUUGUCAAUUUGAAUGACCUGAGGAGGAAGAAUGAGAAAAGAGCUGCCAUAUUGCUGCAGAAUGCUUUUGGAGAGGCCAUUGCUUUUCAUAGAGCCCUAAAGGACCUGGUAGCCUCAAUUGAUGCAACGUAUGCCAAACAGUUUGAGGAGUUCAACAUCGGUUUUGAAGGAAGCUUUGGGGCCAAACACGUGUCUCCUCGUACACUUAUUGCUGGAUUCUUGGGCAACUUGGUCUGCGUAGAAGGAAUCGUAACAAAAUGUUCACUGGUGAGACCUAAAGUGAUGCGUAGUGUGCAUUAUUGUCCAGCAACAAAAAAGACCCUUGAAAGAAAAUAUACUGAUCUUACAACACUGGAAGCAUUUCCAUCAAGCGCCAUCUACCCAACAAAGGAUGAGGAGAACAAUCCACUUGAAACAGAAUAUGGACUAAGCGUUUAUAGAGAUCAUCAAACUGUGAGCAUCCAAGAAAUGCCAGAGAAGGCUCCUGCUGGACAGCUGCCCCGUUCUGUUGAUAUCAUUGCAGAUGAUGACUUGGUAGAUAAAUGUAAGCCUGGUGACAGGGUCCAAAUCGUAGGCAUAUAUCGCUGCCUUCCUUCCAAGCAAGGAGGAUUCACCUCGGGCACGUUCAGGACCAUUUUACUGGCCAACAACGUAAAACUGAUGAGCAAAGAAAUUGCUCCAACCUUUUCAGCUGACGAUGUAGCAAAAAUCAAGAAAUUUUGCAAAGCUCAUUCUAAAGACAUAUUUGAGCAUUUAAGCAAAUCGCUGGCACCCAGUAUUCAUGGCCAUGAAUAUAUAAAGAAAGCUAUCUUGUGCAUGCUGCUUGGGGGCAAUGAGAAGGUUCUGGACAAUGGAACUCGCAUCAGGGGAGACAUUAAUGUACUGUUGAUAGGAGAUCCUUCUGUAGCAAAGUCUCAGCUGCUGAGAUAUGUAUUGUACACGGCUCCACGGGCAAUACCUACCACUGGUAGGGGAUCCUCUGGAGUGGGUUUAACAGCAGCUGUUACAACUGAUCAAGAAACUGGGGAGAGACGACUAGAAGCUGGGGCCAUGGUGCUUGCUGACAGGGGUAUCGUUUGUAUUGAUGAGUUUGACAAAAUGUCAGAUAUGGACAGGACUGCUAUCCAUGAAGUCAUGGAGCAGGGCCGUGUAACCAUAGCAAAAGCAGGAAUCCACGCUCGACUAAAUGCUCGCUGCAGUGUCCUGGCUGCUGCUAAUCCUGUUUAUGGAAGGUAUGAUCAAUAUAGAACACCAAUGGAAAACAUUGGUUUACAAGACUCUCUGCUUUCAAGAUUUGACUUGCUGUUUAUUGUCUUGGACCAAAUGGAUGCAGACAACGAUCGCCAGAUAGCAGACCAUGUUCUGAGAAUGCAUAGAUAUCGCACUCCUGGGGAACAAGACGGAUAUGCAAUGCCCCUGGGCUGCAGUGUGGAGGUUUUUGCUACGAAUGAUCCGAAUGCUGCAGAUGCAGCAGACCAAGAGCUGCAGGUGUAUGAGAAACAUGACAAUCUUCUCCACGGACCACGCAAGGGCAAAUCAAAGACUGUAAGCAUGCAGUUUAUUCGGAAGUACAUCCAUGUUGCUAAGCUGAUCAAACCUGUUCUCACUCACGAGGCUUCUGAAUACAUAUCUCAGGAAUAUGCAAAGAUCCGGAGUCAUGAUCAAAUGAAUAACGAUCGUGCCAGGACAAUGCCAGUUACUGCUAGGGCACUGGAAACCAUGAUACGUUUGGCCACUGCUCAUGCCAAGGUCAGAAUGAGCAAAACCGUUGACAUCCAAGAUGCUGAAACUGCUCUUGAGUUGGUCCAGUUUGCAUAUUUUAAGAAGGUCUUGGCAAAGGACAAGAAAAAAGUGGACAAAGAUAUGAAUGGAGACCUAAGCCAAGAAACUCCAAGCCAGGAAGUUGUAAGGAAAAGCUCUAGGCAUGCAGGCAAAACUGCCAGUUCCCAAGAUGAUUCGAUGGAUCCAUACUCAUUCAGUCAGCAAGAGGACAGUCAAAAUGAGUCACUUUCUCAAGGUUUGAGAACACCAAGGAAUAAAGCUGAAAGCCAAAUGGAUGUUUCCAUGAAGAGCUCAUUGAGUCAAAUCCGAACGAAAGCAUUUAAAGCUGCUCUUUUAAAGACUUUUAAGAGCACCCGUUCUCAGUCAGUAGCAGUCAGUCAGCUAUUUGAACUUAUCAAUCAAGGGAACCCCGAACCAUUUGAACUUGAUGAAGUUAAGGAGGCAUUGGACAACAUGCAAAAUGACAACCAAGUGAUGGUGUCAGAUGAUGUUGUGUUUCUAAUCUAAAAUUAAAUCUUCUCUCUCUAUUCUAUUUUUUUUCCAAGUGAUGAAAUGUGCUCAAAUAUGAAUAGCUUUUGUAUGUGUAUUGAA